AUGGUCCUCCUCCUCAUCUUCAUUCAUCCUCUGCAUGUCCUGUCCGCUGUGCCACGCGUGCACUGCCUCCAACGCACUUGGCUCGAGCUUAACAUCUUGGACAAUGGCCAUGUGGUGUACGUGGAGGAAACGCCUGAGAACAAGGAGAAGUUCAUGCACACCUUCCAUGUGAGGCAUCGACUUGUGGAUCCUGGACCGCCCCAGGAGGAGUUGGAAGUUCAGACUCCAUUGAGGCCCAGGAGACGCGUUACGGAAAAGAAGCCCAUGGAACAGGUCGAGCUGCGACACCUUGCUUUGUCCCAGGAGGAGCGGGAUGACUACAUUGCCCGGAAGGCACGCUUUCUGCUUGAUGAUUGGGAUCAAGAGGGAGCAGUUCGUUUGGUGGACGAGCUCGCGGAGGUUGGUUUCUUUGAUGAGUGGAAGUUCGGAGUGUUCCGUCAUGGGGGAUCUGUUGGAUGGUUGCGGGGGCUACGCCAAUAUCCCGAGCUCUCGCAGGUUCUAUCAAGGAUCGUCUUGGAGGUCAAUCCGGAGGCGAACUUCACGGCAAUCUGGGUGGCGAGGAAUGCGGAGCGUGGUUUGCACAAGGACUACAACAACGACGAGAAUGCGGUGAACUACGUCUACCCCAUCCGGAUGCCAAGGCGUGGUGGAGAGUUAUGGGUCGAGCUAUCUCCCGGUGAUCGUGUGGAUGGAGAGAUCAUGGACCGUACGGACAGUCUAGGAAAAAGACGCUAUGGCUACCUCAAGAAGCUACAACAUGGAUCCUGUACGGUUUUCUCUCCACGGCGGGCACAUGAAGUACUACCAUGGACGGGAACAAGAACGGUCCUGAUAGCCUACACACCACAAUGCAUGGGAAGGUUGUCCACUGAGAUGAUCCAAGAGCUCGAGACUAGGGGCUUCCAACCCCCGUUGUCCCAGUACCCGGAGUAUUUCCUGGCCCAGGAUCCUCAACCCAUGGAGGCCAAGGUGGAAGUCCAGUCCCACGACCAGGUGGAGUAUGCGACUGCUGAGGACUUGGAUGGUAGCGACGUGGAAGAACUCUGGGAGAUGUACUUGGACGUUGAUGGUGGCAAGGUGAAGAUUGGGGAUGACGAGACGGAGCAUCGAGAGCAACCACGCCCUCGUUUUAUGAAGGUCGAGGCGGGGUUCACAAAGAAUGUGGAAGCGAUUCUACAAGAGCUCAAGGGGCCCAUCGAGGUGACCUACAACGUCGACCCCAAGGAGGUAGCGGACAACAUGGGCCUGUGGAUGGGAGCAAUUCAGAAGGAGCUUGAUGGUGUGUCUGUAGCGAUCAAGAAGCUUCUCCCCAAUACUGAGGAGAGGGUGAAGUGGAUGCGGCGACCAGGUGCGCAGAAGCUCCCGGCCAAGUUCGUGUACACCGUCAAACCAGCCGAGAACCCAGACUCAGCAGACAAAGCAACGUGGUUCAAAAGAAAAGCGAGGCUAGUGGUCUGUGGAAACUAUGCAUCCCCAGACCAGUCUGAGCUGUACUCUGAAACGGCUCCGUCGGAAGCCGUCAGGGCAGGCCUGGUGAUGUCCCGAAGGCGAAAGUGGAUGAUUGGUUUGAUCGAUGUCGUUGCUGCCUUUCUACGAACCCCGCUGAACCCGGAGGACGGCUCACCGACUAUAAUUGUGACACCACCUCGUCUCCUACUACGACUCAACUUGAUUGUGGAGGACGAAUUGUGGGGCCUCAUUAGGGCCUUAUACGGCCUACGACAGGCACCAGCCCUUUGGUCGUCUCAUCGUGACUAUACCUUGCGUACCAUGGAGUUUCCUCAUGGCCGGCGGUUGUACCGAGGGCGCACGGUCACAGCAUGGUGGGUCUUGAAGGACGAGCGGGGCUCGAUCAAGGCCCUGGUGAUCAUCUACGUGGACGAUAUCCUCUUGCUGGGCGAAGAGGAAACGAUUCGGGAGGUUGCGGAGACUAUUCAGGGCGAGUGGAAAACCUCUGGAUUGGCAUUCCUCCGACCAGGACAUCCUCUACGCUUCCUGGGCAUGGAGUUGGAGAUCAACGACGAGGAAACGGAGCUCUAUGUGAACCAGAGGAGCUAUAUCGAGGAGGUUCUCAGGGCCUACGGCUAUGCGGAGGACGACCGGGACAAGAUCCCGCUCUCCAAGGAGCACGCCUACUUUGAGCGCCUGGAAAGCGACCCAGAGCCCACCACCGAGAUGAUCUCGGCAGCCCAGAAGAUCACGGGUGAGAUCAUGUGGAUUGCCCACAAGACGCGACCAGAUGUUGCAUUCACGUGCUCAUUGAUGGCAUCGAUCACCCUGAAGGCCCCGGACCGGUGCCUGACUAUAGGGUACAAGGUGCUCAGGUAUUUGAAUGCCACCAAGGACGUGAAGAUGAUUAUCAAGAAUGACCACACGGACCUUGUGCUCUACCCGGACGCGGCUUUUGCACCAUCAAGCGAGAAGAGCCAUACAGGAUGGGUGGUUUGCUGGUCGGGAACGCCAAUAGCCUGGAGAAGUGGGCGACAGAGCACAAUUGCCUUGAGUACAGCGGAGAGCGAACUCACCGCCAUCGUGGAUGGGACGAUCGGCAUGAUGGGCCUGGAGGCGCUACUGGCGGAUCUACAAGUUGAACCCACGGCGAAACUGGUGGCGAGCGAUAGUACAAGCGCUUUGGCGAUUGGGGCCGGGACAGGCUCCUGGCGUACGCGCCACUUGAGACUGAAGGCAGCUUGGGUGCAAGACAUGAUAGCCACUGGAGAAGUGCUGACCCGGCAUCAGCCAGGUUUGACGCAGCCCGCGGACCUCCUCACGAAGCCGCUGAGCAGCCAAAGAAUAAAGGCGUUGCUAGGCCUGUGGGGAACAACUUCACAGGAGGAGAGUCCUCCGAAGGGCGAGCGAGCAAUCUCAACGAGUGGAUGCUCGACGCGGAUGAUGGUUGCUAUGGUGUGUUGCUUGUUGAUCCUGACGGUAGAAGCAAGAGAGGCUACCCCUACCAGGCAAGUUGAGCUGGACUGGGAUAUGGCAGCGGUGAUGAUGGGUCUUUUGAUGAUCCUUGGAGGCCUGCUUCUCUAUGAGGGAGUGAAGUGGGGAGCCUUCGAGAUCUACUACAAUUACACCCCAGGAGCCUCCAGCAGACGCUUGAGAAAACUGCAAAAGCUGAGGGAGGCUACGUCGCUGGCAAUCCAAAGGGAGCUCGAGAGGGUGACCCAACCGUCGACUAUGUCAUCGUCACGAUGGGAAGAUGGAGGAGAACGAGAUCAACCUCCGACAAGGCCUACGACGACGAUGUCACCGCCGCGGCAGCGGCGGCCGGUGCGAGAGGUCACACCAGAACCACGACGCAGAACGGAGCCCAUGCGGACCCCACCUACAUAUGACGGACCUACGGAGCCGAUGAGUUCACCGGCACCAUCGGUUGGUUGGAACGAAGUCGAACGAGUUGGUGGAGGUUCAGCUGAUGAUCGACGCGUGUGUGUUGAUGCCGUGAUGCUAAUGCGGCUAGAGGAAAUAAAGGAGGGGUUACGCAUUUGUGGCCUUGCGCAGUCAGGACUGAGCAGCUACAAGGCUUUCAGAGGUCCUAAUCGGACAACUUGGAGGCUCGACUGGACCGACCGCCAGACAGCUACGCUACAUCUUGUGGUUGUGGCGAGAUCGUAA